CAAACAAAACAAAUAAUCACACCAUAUCCAAAACUGAAAAACCUGAUUGGAUGACACAAUUGACCUGCCAACAUGUCAAAACUUUGUUAUCAGCGAGCUCCAUCUUCUUCCCACCUUAUCUCUGCAUCUUCAAAUAAAUCAUAACAUCACUCAACAAAAAACCUUUUAAUUGGCUCCACUACAGAAUAGAAAGGUACCUUCCUAUAUCCUCAUGGCUCUCCAGGCAACCUCCCUUCUUCCGUCUACUGUUACAAUUCACAAAGAGGGUAAGUGCAAUGCUUCUCUUAAAGAGACAAGCUUGUUUGGCACUUGUGUCUCAAACUCCAGCAAAACUGAAUUCAACCCUUCAUUAACAAUGGCCAAGGAACACAGAAAAGGGCACCUACCUUUUGGAACCAUUAGAGCCCAGACAGCAACCACCCCAGCAAUAACCGAGUCUGCACCAGACGGAAAGAAGACAAUGAGUAAGGGAACUGUGAUAAUCACUGGAGCCUCAUCUGGAUUGGGUCUAGCAACCGCAAAGGCCCUAGCGGACACAGGCAAAUGGCACAUAAUCAUGGCAUGUAGAAAUUUUCUCAAAGCCGAGAGGGCAGCUAAAUCAGUUGGCAUUGCCAAGGAAGAUUACACUGUUGUUCAUCUAGACCUUGCAUCCCUUGACAGUGUCAGACAAUUUGUAGACAAUUUUCGUCGUCUGGGUAGACCACUUGAUGUGCUUGUCUGCAAUGCUGCUGUCUAUUUGCCCACAGCCAAGGAACCAACUUUUACUGCUGAAGGAUUUGAACUUAGCGUAGGGACUAAUCAUCUCGGUCACUUUCUACUUUCAAGGCUGCUACUUGAUGACUUAAAGCAAUCAGAUUAUCCAUUUAAGCGUCUCAUUAUUGUUGGCUCCAUUACAGGUAACACAAACACGCUGGCCGGAAAUGUGCCACCAAAAGCUAACCUUGGAGAUUUGAGAGGUCUUGCGGGAGGCUUGAAUGGACGAAAUACCGCACCAAUGAUAGACGGAGGAGAGUUUGAUGGUGCCAAGGCCUACAAAGACAGCAAAGUCUGCAACAUGCUAACAAUGCAAGAAUUCCACAGGCGCUUCCAUGACGAGACUGGAAUAACCUUUGCAUCUCUAUACCCAGGUUGUAUCGCUACUACAGGACUGUUCAGGGAGCAUAUCCCUUUGUUCAGGCUUCUAUUUCCACCUUUCCAAAAAUACAUCACCAAAGGCUAUGUUUCAGAGGAGGAAGCUGGGAAAAGAUUAGCACAGGUGGUUAGUGAUCCGAGCCUGGCAAAAUCAGGGGUUUACUGGAGCUGGAACCAGAACUCGGCUUCAUUUGAGAACCAGCUCUCCAAGGAGGCCAGUGAUGUAGAGAAGGCUAAAAAGGUGUGGGAGCUCAGUGAGAAGCUUGUUGGGUUGGUGUAAAUUAGUAUCCACAAGAUGUUCAAAUACGACGCAUAAUCAAAGCUGAAGAUGGCAUACCUUUCCUGUCUCAGAGGAUGUCUCUAUUUUUCCCUCUUGUAAAUGAUGAUGUUUUUUUGAAGUUGACAGAAAGACAGUGAGGUUCACUAUCCCUUUUCCUUGAAAAGUGAUUGCAGAAAACAGUUAUGAUUUGAAUGUGAAUUGUUCUCUCUCUUCCUUGCAGCUUAA